AUGGAUCUCGGGAUGGAAAACGGUAAUAUUACUGAUAGGCAAAUCACGGCUUUCAGCGAAUGGAGAACAGAUCAUGGGGCGGCUAAUGGAAGAUUGAAUUUCACACCACGAGAUGGAAGAAAAGGGGCAUGGUCAUCGCGGAACAAAGAUCUUAAUCAGUGGCUACAAGUUGAUUUCCAAAGAUCUACUCUGGUAACGGGCAUAAGUACCCAAGGACGCAAUGGAUAUAAUCAGUUUGUUAAAAGCUACACCGUCUCUUCCAGCCAGGAUGGAAAAAUAUUUCAACAUUUUUUAGAAAAUGGAGCAGUUAAGGAAUUCCAAGGUAACACAGACGGAUAUUCCAUUGUCCAUCACACGGUGAUUCCUCAUAUUUCAGCUCGGUUCAUUCGCAUUCAUCCAACGGCUUGGAAUGUACAUAUCUCAAUGAGAGUUGAAUUUUAUGGUUGUUAUGUAUAUUGAUUCAAGCAACGAUUUUUCGUAGCAUUAGUAACUUUAUAUAUCUUAUUUUGCAAACAUAUAUGCAAAUAAAUAUAUAUG